GACGUGGCGGAGCGGCGCCCGCCCAGCUGCGCCUGGAGAUCCGGAGCGCUGCUGGAGCCGCUCGCCCGCCCGCCGCGAUGGGAGCCGGCGCCUCGGCGAUCUCCGCCCUGCUCUGCGGCGCGGCCGCGGCCGCCCUGCUGCUGAGCUGGCGCGGGAGGAGCGGGCUCCGCCGGGAGCUGGCCGAGGCUGGCCGGCGGCGGCAGCUGGCGCUGGGGCGGAUGGAAAAGGCCGCCGCGCGGUUUCGGGAGCAGAAUCCUGAUGUAGAUGCGGACUCCAUCCUCUCACUCUCCUUGGUGGAGCUCUCCGAGAAACUCCGGGACGGUUCUCUUUCUCCAGACUGGGUCUUCUAUACCUACAUGGACAAGGCCCUGCAAGCGACCAAGGAAAUCAACUGUGUGACUGAUUACCUCCAGGAGUCUGAAUCCCAGCUUCGACAAGUGAAAAGGCAGGAGAAGAAGGACUUGCUGUAUGGGGUCCCAGUCAGUAUAAAGGACUCCAUUAACUGUAAGGGCCACGAUUCCACCCUGGGGCUUGCGAAGCGUCUCAAUCAGCCUGCUGCUGAGGACUCUGUGGUGGUGCAAGUGUUAAAAAGACAGGGGGCGCUUCCAUUUGUGAAGACCAACGUUCCCCAGUCCCUAUUAAGCUACGACUGCAGUAAUUUAAUCUUUGGCCAGACAGUGAACCCUCUGGACCACACCAAAACGCCUGGCGGCUCCUCCGGAGGAGAAGGGGCACUGAUUAGCAGCGGCGGAUCCAUCCUGGGCAUUGGGACGGACGUAGGAGGAAGCCUCCGUAUUCCAGCUGCCUUCUGUGGGAUUUGUUCGCUCAAAGCCACUGGGGGCAGACUGAGCAAGAAAGGAAUGGUCUCCAGUAUUCCUGGGCAGAAAUCAGCUGUAGUAGGGGUAGGGCCAAUGGCGAGGGACGUGGACAGCCUGGCUCUGUGCAUGAGAGCGCUCCUGUGUGACGACAUGUUCCGCCUGGACCCCACCGUGCUGCCGGUGCCCUUCAACGAGGAGGUGUUCUCCAGCUCACGGCCCCUCCGCGUAGGAUAUUAUGACACUGAUUCUUUUACGAUGCCAGGUCCUUCCAUGAGACGGGCGGUUCUGGAGACCAAGCAGCUUCUGGAGAACGCAGGCCAUACGCUGGUGCCGUUCAAACCCUGUCGUAUUGAAUACUUUAUGUUUGAUAUUUCGGUAAGAGGAUUGUUUGCAGACGGGUGCGCCACCUUUUUGGACCGCUUCAAAGGGGAGCCAGAAGAUCCCAACAUUAAACAAUUACUUCUGUUGUGUAAAGCACCAGGCUGGCUAAGAAGACUCUUGUCCUGGAUUGUCAAACCAAUAGUGCCUAGAUUAGCAAACGUCCUGAGAAACAUGAACGAGAGGUCGGUGAAAGAACUCUGGAAACUUCAUUGUGAGAUUGAGGAGUAUUGCCGAGAAUUCAUCGCCGAAUGGAGGAAGCUGGACCUGGAUGUGAUGCUGUGUCCGGUUGUGGGCCCUGCGUUUCAGAUUGGAUUUCCUGGGAAGCUCUCAGUGGCAGCGAGUUACACUAUUUUGUAUAACUACUUGGACUUCCCCGCCGGGGUUGUGCCUGUCACCACGGUGACGAAGGAGGAUGAGGAAGAGCUGAAGACCUACAGAGGACACUAUAACGAUUGGUGGGACAAGGUCUUUGUAAAGGCUAUCCGGGGAGGCAUGGGGCUGCCCGUGGCGGUGCAGUGCGUGGCUCUGCCGUGGCAGGAGGAGCUGUGCCUGCGGUUCAUGAAGGAGGUGGAGACGCUGACCCAGAGGAAGAAAAGAAACCUUUGA